GUGCUGUACGAGUGAGCUAUAGUGAACGAAUACGUGAGUGUGUGUCCCUCGCCGCCUAACCUACUUCAUUAAAUCACGCCGCCGUUCUGUCGAUAGUGUCGAUGUGUUAAAAUAAUAAUAUACCUAUAAUCGUGCACUGUCGUAGUAAUAUUUUGACUAUCUAUUGGACAACCCGCCGCCCCAGCCGUUUUCCACUGUUGAUCGCCUCUAGGUUUUCUUCUCCAAAAUGACUACCAACGGCGAAGAGACCACUUCGGAUCGCAACGUGGAAAUAUGGAAGAUCAAGAAGCUCAUUAAGAGUUUGGAGAUGGCCAGAGGGUGAGUUACGGUCGGACACCGACUUCGUCGCCUUCACGUACGCGUGAUGGCCCGUACGGAAGCCCACGUUUUUAUUUUUUUAAAUUUGAUCAAUUAUCGUACCUACACGUCCAUAGCAAUAAUAUGCUACCCUGUAGUUUCACACCCAUACCCAUGUCUUGUGCAUCGAACAGAAUGUUCAUUCUCGGUACUGAUUUAAUUUUUAUGUCAACCCAGGAAGUGUUUCUUUUCAGGGAACGAAAUUAAACUUAAACUCAACACUACAUUAUUGAAAAAAUGUGCACAUUUUUUUUAUAUUUUUCACCCCUAGCAAUAAUUCAAAGUAAACAAACUUUUAUUUUUAUUGAAUACUAAUUUUUGUAUCUAUAUUAACAAUAAUUCGAUACCAACUCAAAAUACUUGUAUUGAAAGAAAUUAUUAAUCUUUGCUUGGAUCAAGAUAAUAGCAAAAUCCCAAUUUAUUGUUGCAAUUUUCAUGAAAUAAUUACAGUCAAUUUAAUGUAGGUAUACAUUACAAUCUCAGUGUGUAUAUUUUGAUUUGAAAUUAUAAAUUUAUUCUAUUUGUCAUAAUAUCUACUCUCAAUUCACAUCUAGUUAAUACGAACUUGAUGAAUACCUCUAUUACAUUUAUGCAAAAUAAUUAUAAGUAUCACUGUUUCGUUUUAUUGACAAUUUUUACUCUUUAUUUUUUUACUGUUAUACAAUAUAAAAUAUGUAUUUAGGUAGAUACAUAUAUCUAGUUUCAUACAGUUAUGUUUCAUGAUUAAUGAUAUGCAACUGGUUUGAUAAAAACAACUAAAAUACAUUUUGCUUUUAUCAUUAUACAUUUUUGCUGGAUCAAAGUGUCUUUUUCUUUUCGUGUCGGCCAAUGUUUUUUUUUUCAAAAAUUUCAAUUUUUUAUUUUCCAGUAAUCAAUGAUUUCUAUUAUUUCAUCCGUGAUUUCUGUUAGUCCGAUAAAAUAUUUCAUUUCACAUCUACUAGGUAGGUAUUAAUGUACACUCGAGCAGAUGGUUUAAUGUUUGUUUCUUUCCACACUCGCAAUUUGCACUGCUGGUCACUCCUCACCUAUUUAGGUUUUCAUUAGUUCUUCCUACUUAUGUCCCCAGACAAUUGAGAGUUUUCCAUAUUUUCCAGGGUAGGGUAUAUCCUAGUGGUAAGGUUUCUGUGGGUGCGCCCAAGCCUGUGAGCGUAUUCCCCUUUGUUUUCUCUUAGUAUCAAAACGUAAUACACAAUUUCAAAGUUAUUUAUUCAAAAAAGAUAUCUGCUGAAGAUUUAAAUUAGUAUAGGUAAUUGUAGACUAUUGGUAGUAAAAGAUUCUGACUAUCUCGUAAAUAUCUAAACAUUUAUAUUGGUUCUAUGACACAAAUUAGAGUUACUAAUGUCAUUAAGAUUAAAUAUUUAAAUAAUUUACAGUAUUGUAUAAUACAUACCUAUACCUAGUAAAUAAAUAUUGAAAUGGUUUUUAGUCUGUACUUUCUUUUUAAAUUUAUACAGGACCAUAUCUGUCACCUGGAAAUAAUUCUACUUCAGUUACCAUUACUGCUAAAUAAUAGUAAUUAUUUCUAGUGCCUUUGAGGACUUAUAUAGACGUUUCAUUGUAUAGUAUUUAAUAGCCAAAAUCAAUUAGGCAACUGGUUUUGUCUGAAAAAUUGCUGCUUAGUCAAGUCUUAAAUCAUGCGGAACAUAAUUUUUACAUCUUUUAUAAUUUUUAUUUUUCUUUGAUAACAAUUAUUUAAGCUAUCUUUCAAAUCUUUAUAGUUAAUUGUAAUACUAUUAAAAAUAUGCAAUAAUAGUAGUAUUACUAAUAGUAUUUCAUAUAUUAUCAAUUCAAAUUAUAAAAAUUAUACAUUCAAUAUAGGCACCUUUAUCAAUAAAAGAUAAGUAGCAUGAGCUUGAGGAACUCGUGUAAUUACCACAGUACUCAAAGCAAGAAACUGGUAGAGUGCAUAUAUGUGAAACAUAAAAACCUAUAAUCUGCAUCAGAAUAUGGAUCAUUAAAAUGUACAUCUAUUGCAGUCAUAUGGAAAACCCUAUAAGUUUUUAUAUACAUUUAGAUAACAAAAUAAAUUAAAAUUGUAAAACAAUGAUUGUUUAUCUAGGAAAAAUUACCUUACACACCUACAUGUAUUAUGCAAUAUACCUGUAUUGUAUUUUUUAUGUAUUUUUUUUAAGUAAUGGAACGAGUAUGAUUUCAUUAAUUAUACCCCCAAAGGAUCAGAUUUCCAGAGUGAGUAAAAUGUUAGCCGAUGAAUAUGGUACUGCAUCAAACAUAAAAUCACGUGUUAAUAGAUUGUCUGUAUUGGGUGCUAUUACAUCAGUACAGCAAAGAUUAAAACUUUAUACUAAAGGUGAAAUUUUUUUCAACUUUAUUUUUUAAUUUAUUUGGUUUAUUAACAAUAUGUACUCACGUUUAAUUUUUAGUCCCCCCUAAUGGAUUAGUAGUCUAUUGUGGAACUAUUGUGACUGAAGAAGGUAAAGAAAAGAAAGUCAAUAUUGACUUCGAACCAUUCAAACCUAUUAAUACUUCUUUAUACCUUUGUGAUAAUAAGGUAAGAUGUCUUAUAAGAAGACUUAUGUAUUUUUAAAUAUUUUAUGAAACCAUUAUCGUAUUAUUGAUAUUGAUGAUAAAUUAUGUUAUAGUUUCAUACUGAAGCACUGACAGCACUGUUGGCAGAUGAUAAUAAAUUUGGUUUCAUUGUGAUGGAUGGUAAUGGUGCAUUAUUUGGUACACUUCAAGGAAACACUAGAGAGGUUGAAAAAGUUUAUAAGUUUUAUAUAAAUGUACCUAUACACAAAUACAUUUUUAUUUUCAGGUCCUUCAUAAAUUUACAGUUGAUUUACCCAAAAAGCACGGUAGAGGAGGUCAAUCUGCAUUACGUUUUGCCCGUUUACGUAUGGAAAAACGUCACAAUUAUGUACGUAAAGUAGCAGAAGUAGCUACCCAAUUGUUUAUUACAAAUGAUAAACCUAAUAUAGCUGGAUUAAUAUUGGCUGGUAGUGCAGACUUUAAAACAGAACUUAGUCAGUCUGAUAUGUUUGACCCUGUAAGUACAUGUAACAAUAUUAUAAAUAAUUGUAAUACAAAUAUGAUAAUUGUAUUUGUCUUUUUUAGCGGUUACAAGCGAAAAUCAUAAAAUUAGUUGAUGUGUCGUAUGGCGGAGAAAAUGGUUUUAAUCAAGCAAUUGAAUUAGCGGCUGAAUCAUUGCAGAAUGUUAAAUUUAUUCAAGAAAAAAAAUUAAUAGGUAAAAUUUAAAAUUUGCUUUGUUUCUUGAUUGUAGUUAAUAUAUUAAUUGUAUAACCAUAUGAUUAAUAAUAACCAUAAUGUAUACAGAACAUUUAGUGUUUAGUAACAAAAGUCUCUGCAAUAUUUAAUACAAGUUUUAUUGAAAAAUAUCGUCUAAAUAUUUAUUAAAAAUUAAUUGACACAAGUAACUAGGUAAAGAAAUUAAGAGGUGAAUAAAUCAUUAAAUAAAGAUAUUUUAUUCUUCUGUUAUGUAUAAAGGAGUAUUCUACAUCAUAAGAUAAUUUAAGAAAAUAGUACUUGCACAAAUUUGAUAUUUAAUAAAUAACAUAUACAUUUAUUUAAAAUAAUUAUUUAAAUAAUGAUACUAAUUUGUUUUUAGGACGUUAUUUUGAUGAGAUUAGCCAGGAUACUGGAAAAUAUUGUUUUGGUGUUGAAGAUACUUUAAAAGCUUUAGAACUUGGGUCUGUUGAAACUUUAAUAUGUUGGGAAAACUUAGACAUUCAAAGAUAUGUUUUAAAAAAUCAUACAACAGCUGAAGAAAAAAUAUUACAUUUAACCCCAGAACAAGAAAAAGAUAAAACACAUUUUACUGAAAGAGAUGUAUGCUUGAACAUUUUAUUUAAAUACUUACGUUUAUGAUUAAUUCAUUUUAAUUUUAUAGACUGGAGUAGAAUUGGAAUUAGUUGAAUGUCAGCCACUUUUGGAAUGGUUAGCAAAUAAUUAUAAAAUGUUUGGAGCUACCUUAGAAAUAAUUACAGAUAAAUCACAAGAAGGAUCACAAUUUGUUAGAGGAUUUGGUGGUAUAGGAGGUUAGUAUAGUAUUUAUGUUAAAACAUAAAAUACUUAAAAAUUAUAUAUUAACCUUAUGGUUGGAAAUGCCAAACAAUUUCCAUACACUGAUCAUAAAAAUAAUAACAUGUAGUUUAUAUAAUAUGCUUUAAUAAAUAAAAUUGUUUUCAAAUUGUGGUUGGGUACAACAUUAACUUUUAGGGUUUAAAGUAUACAAUUUAAAUUGAUUGACAGGCAUUCUCCGCUACAAGGUUGACUUUCAGUCCUUGCAAGCGGAUGAGCCAUUGGAGGAUGUGAAUCUUGAUGAUUACUAAACUAAGUUUACUAACCCUAAGGUAGCUUUCAUUCACAAUUAACAAGUACUGCUGUGUUGUAUUAAAUGCAUGAGAGAGAGUUUAAUGUUUUUUUUUCUUUUUUGAUUUUUGUGCAUGCAAUUUAAGUGCACAAUUUCUUUUUAACACUAAGAAACCAUAAUUAUUAUUUUUAAUUAAUUAAUUAAAUAUUUAAUAAGCUUUAUUUAAUUCUAUAAAAGAAACACAUAAUUUUUUUAGUUAAUAAAUUUAUUUUAUCUUAAAAAUGUUAUGAUUAAGUAAAAAAAAGUAGUUUUAAUAUUUGAAAAUAUAACAAUAAAAUCAAUAUAAGAAAAUAUAUACAGGAUAAUUCAUUUAAUGUAAUAAUAAUUUGCGAAUAUUGACCUAAUACAAUUAUAUAUAUAUAUAUAUAUAUAUAUAUUUUUAAGUAUAAAAACAAGCUUUAAAAUUUUAUAUUAGCAUUAUUUUUACCACCCUUAUUUUGGUCUUGAAAUUGUUAAUUUUCUUUAAUUCUUGAUGAGAUAUUCCAUUUUUAAGUUCGGGUAUGUAGAAGUGAUGCACUCUUCACAAAGGGAACACUUUGUUUUAUCUACACUUGAAAGUGGAAUAUCUUGCCAACAGGUUGAUAGAAAUUAAUAAAUUCAACACUAAUAUUUGUUUAAACUAAUUAUCCAUAUAUUUAUUGAAGUUAUAAAUUGCCACCUGGAAGUCAAAAGUAGUGUUUCUUAAAUUGUUAAGCCAAAUUUUGAUAAAAAUCUUAAAAGUCGCAGAAUUUCAAAUAUGUUUAAACAAAGUGCACUCAGAAGAGUUUCAUUAAUAAUUACUUAUUGUUUGGUACAAAUGUAAAUUAUAAAUAUGUACAUAUUUUUAUAUUUAUUUUAUUAUUAUAUUUUUUAUGAAUGAUAUGAUUUGAAUUUGAGUAGAAAUAUGAUUGAAAACUAAUUAUUUCUUUUGAUUAAAGAAACUUGUAAAAAAAUUGUGAAACCCUGUACGUGUUUAUUGAAUAAUUUAUAUUCUAAGUAAUAUUUAUUUAAAUUAUUAAUAUAAACAGAUUAUGGAGAUUAAAAUUUUCUAAAAUUGUGGUUUUUUAAUUUAAUUAAUUGUUGGUAUGUUUUGGUUAUAAAAUAAUACAUUUUUUUGUCAUAAGGAGCCAUUUUACAUCUUGAUGUAACCUCAAAAUUUAUAAUUUUUAUCUUUGACUAUAUCUGAUGUUAUUGAUAUCAGCUAAACUUGUUUUUGCCAUGCAUCAUCAUUUACUCAUAUGCCACUAUAUUUGGCUUAUCUCAUCCCUAACUUCUAUCUAGUCUGAACUCGUUUCCUUUCUAACUAUAUUGUUGUUUAACUAUUACCACAAAAUGUGCAUCUAAUUCAAGUUUUUGAUAACCCUAUCUACUCUCACUUGUAUUGCCUGUCAUACUCUCUACUAUUAAAUAAUUAUUGAAUUAAAUUUUACAUUUAAUAAAUACUAAGAAUUCCAUUUAAUGCCUCAUUCAAUUCAAUUUAUACCUUCUUUAAAAUCAAAUUACAUUUUUUUUUUUUUUUUUAAACGAAAGAUCGUAUUAUUUCAAGUUAUCUUUACCCUACAUUCUCUGUCAUAUUUUUUAAAACUGGAUGUUUUUAAGCAUUUUUAAUAUUUGUAUUAGCUUCAUUAUUAAUUGUAUUAAUGAUCAUAAACGCAUAUACAGAAACAUUUUGUAUUUUUUUACUACUUUUGUUUAAUCGAUUUUAAGAUUUUUUAUCAAGUAUUAAUUUACUUAUAUUGUAUUAUGCUUUUAUUUUAUAGAUAGUUUUUGUAAUUAUGGUUUAUUAUAUUUGGCUUUUUCUAUGGAAACUCAUUGCUUACAAAUAACUAUGGUUUUAUUAUUUUAGUUAAUCAUAUCAGUUUUGUAUUAUAUUUAUUAUUUACUUGUAUCUUAUAUUUUGUUUUAAUUUAAAUGUUUUUCUUAUACAUAAUUAAUAUAUUUGGUUGUUUAACAAUAUUUCGUUAUAUAUUUCAGGAUUAUUACGUUAUAAAGUUGAUUUCCAAAGUAUGCAGUGUGAUGAUUUGGAUCCAAAUGAACUUUAUGAUAUUGACGAUUAUUAGGCAGUUAAAAUGAUUAAAAAUUAGGAAUCCCAGUUUUUUUGGGCAACUACAUAUAAGUUCAGUUCAUUUUAGUAUAAGCAUGUUGGAAAAAAAUAAUUCUAUUAUCAUUUUAAACAACUUUCCUAUUCUUGAUGUUAUCUUUUUAUUCAAAAGUAAAUAAAUUAUAACUCUUAAAUGUGAAAUAUAUAUAUAUAUAUAUAUAUAAUUUAAUAUUUCACUAAUAUUGCGGUCUCCCUAAUUAUUUUUAAGUAUUCCAAUAAUAAAAUGAAUAAAAAUACAGUGAGUAAUACAGGGUGAUGUAUAAGUAUUAACACACAUUUUUAAACUUAUUUUGGAUGCUUAAAUUAUGAAAACAAUUAUACAAUAUUCUUUUUCCAUACUGAAGACAAUUUAAUUUAAACCUAAUAAACUACAUACAAUGAUCCUUAUUUUAAAAUUAUUUUAUAUUUUUACCUAAUUUUAAAUCUCAAUUCUACCCUUACAUUUCCUUUUUAUGGUUAGUUUAUCUAUUAAAUUUAGAAAUGAAAAUGUGUUAUCUAAUUAAAAAAAAAAAAAACGAAGAAUGAAACACAAGAAUUGUUUUUUGUGUUACAUUCUUCUAAAUAAAAUAAUUAUUAUAAACAUAGUGUUAAUAUUAUAUAAUUUUAAUAUUUUAUGUAGAUAAUUAUAUUUUUUCUUAUUUGACUAUUGGUAUUAUUGUUGUAAUUGAAAAACCAAUUAAAUUGUAUUUUCUUCAAGCUUUACAUAAUUUUACUGUAGGUAAAUAAUUUGUCAGACAACAAAAAUGGUUCAACAUUUUAAGUCACAAACGCAUAUUCAUUUUUAUUUAUUCAAUUUGCUCAACUGCUACAAAAUAUUAAUAUAAUUAGAUUAAAAAUCUUAUAUUAAAACCUAUUUUGAGUGUACAUUUUUUAAAUACAAUUGGUACAUACUUUGUUGAAUCCUUUUCGUGAUCAUAAAUAUUAUACAUUUUUAUUAUACUCUGAGAUCUAUCAUUCAUUAACAUUGAUUAAAAUGAAUUUUUGAAAAAUAUUAUCUUCACAUAACACUUUCAAGGUGUACAUGCUCAUUGGGUGAAAAUAAAAUACAAAAGUGACCAUGUGAUAGAAUAAAAUUUUUAUUGUGUUAUUCCAAAGCAUAUUAUUAGUCUAAAGAAGUUGCCUCAGGAUUUUGUGACUUAAUGAAAUGAUUUUUUGUGGGACAUCUUAGAUAGGUAGUUUUUAUUUUUUAAACUAGUAGCUUAAUUUAUAUUUGUAUUUUAUAUAUAUAUAUAUUUUUUUUAAUUGUUAACAAAUAUAAAACUAGAAGCUUGAUAUCUAAAACGUACAAAAUUUUUAUCUUUGUAAAUUUUAUUGCAACAGUUGUUUAUUUUUUAAAAUUAGUAGUCAAAAUGUGUAAUAUUCAAAAAAAAAAAAAAAAAAAAAAAAAAAAAAACGAAUUCACUAUUAAUAAAACAAAUCAUACAGAACAACAAAACAGAGUACUACAUGUUUAUUAAUUUAAUGAUAAUCUUGUCAUAGAUAUGGAUUUUGCAUUCCGCAACACAAUUAAAUGUAUUAUAAUAUUUUGUAAUAUAAUCACAAAUGUUAAUCCACUAUGUUAGUGGGUUUUCAAACUGUUCUAGGAGCAACGCUGUCCACUAAAAAAUAUUUAUAUUUUAUUGUAAUUUUAGAUUCUGAGAAUUUAUUGGUUUUACUUUGAUGUGUCAGUAAAACAAAUUUUGAUAACCAAUCAACAAAAUUUGAGUUUUGUUGUUUUUUUUUUUUAUAAGCGUUCAUAUUUCCUCAUGGUAUUUAUAGCAGGACACUACAGCUAUAUUUGGCCAAAGAUGGUUUUUGAAAGCCUGGAACGGCGACAAAGUAAAGUUUAUUUUUUAAACAAAAUUUAAUCAAUAUAUUUUUUGUAACAAUAGUUAACUAAUAAGAACUGCAGACCACUUGUAUGCUUGAAUUCUGAUUCUAGUUAUGUUUAAUAUUUCCAUCUUUUAAAAAACGAAGAAAAAUAGAAAAUUAUUAUUUUUUAAUUGGGAGAUUUUAUAAUAUUUUUUUAUUGUUCAUCUGAUGAUUCAAUUUUAGGUUGUGUUAAUUUUUAAUCUUGGUUAUUUGAUUUUAAUAUUACACUCAAUAAUGUACAUAAAUAAAAAAUGUUUGUAACAAUGGUCAUUUAUCUAAACACACAUUUAAUUAUCCCAUUAAAUAAUACUAUUUGUAUCCAAGAGUGUGUUUACACCUUAGAGUAUACUGUGUUUAUAAACAUAAAACUAUAUUUUUUUAAAAUUUAACUAUAUGCAAUUGUAAGAUUAAGGUAUAAAAGUAGUAUUUAAAUAAUAUUCAUCAAAAAUAUACAGAGUUAUUUAGUUACAAUGUAAAAAAUGGGUAUAGGAAUAUAUUUAUAUUUUAAUAAACAAAAUUUGGAAACAAUUUGCCUUUUACUAAAAUGUAGUAAACUUAUGGUUUAUGACUAUUACAAAUUGUCAUAUAAUAUAAUUAUCUUGUAAAUUUGUAAAUAGGUAGUUUACAACUAAUACACAUUUUUUAUACUGGUAUACUGAAAGUAAAUGUGUAUUUAAUUAAUUGGAAUCUGGAGUGUAAUGAAUAAUAUUUUAUUUCAUUUUUUCAUUUUAUAAAAUGUAAGUAUAUUUCAUCAAUAAAUGUAAAUUAAAAAAAAUAAUUACCAUAGUUAUAUUUGUAUAUUUAUAGUUGUUAGGUUAUUAUAAUUUAAGUAAUACACAAAAUAAUUUUUUAAAAGUUUUAUUGUAUAUACUGUAAUAUAUUCAACUUUGAAUUAUUUAUUUUUUGAUUCAAUGUUCUCUCAACAAUUGAAAUCUUCGAUCAAGUUCCAAGUCCUCACCUUCCAAACUGUUGUCUGGAACAUUUGGCAGGUCUGA